AUGGACGAGUCGUCGUUAGUCAAGGCGCAUGACCAUGCCAAAGCAGCUUCAAAUGCCCAGCACCAGUCCGAAACCACAGUAGCCAUCAACGAACACGCCCUCGCCGCCGGCGAGUUCGCCAACGCGGCCCGCGCGACGUCAAGUAUCGAGGCUUUGCGCACCCUGAAGCUCCUCGAAGAGCAUCACCAACGCCUUUCAGAACUCCUCAAGAUACCCUUUGACCGUCGCGGAAACCAUCACAUCUCCGAGACCAUCGACGAGAAGCAAGAAUCACAGUCCUCCGCUGUGAGCAACCUCUCCUCGCCGGACGAUGGCCGUACCAAGUUCGGAUCGGGCCAGCCCGCCGGCAGCCCGGUCGCCACCGCAAAGACUGUGCCGUCGCUGGCGCAGCAGCGCCGGUACCCCAGCCGUGAGAUGACGUCCUCCAUCGCGAGCAACCUUGCUUCGGCGCGAGGCAUCCGCGGAAGUAGGAGCCGGAGCCAGCCCAUCCCGCCGAGCGUUACAAACGACCAGGCGCCAGGGAACAUGGAGGUCCAGGCGCGGAGGGAUGGAUCGAGGACCAAGAUGCAAAAUGUCCUCGACCAGUCAGGCAAACCGGGAUGGAUACCGCCAACCGGCAACAGCGAGUCCUCACGAAGGGAGGCCGAGCCCAAAAAGGUCGAAGAGGCUGUCUCGCCGGCCAGCGACGACGGAUAUUCUCGCUUCUACAGCACCUUUGGCAGCAUCAUCAACCGUCUCUCUGCGCCCCUCGCCUUCGCCGGCCUGCCGCUCAUUACCGAAGAAUCCUCUUCCUCCUCGGUUCCCGAACCCGCCGAGACGCCACCAGAAGCGGCCCCGAUAAAGCGCAACAGGCUCAAACCGUCUCCGGCAGCCCCCGCCGAACCGGACCUCUCCAAGAUCUACUCCCGCGCGACCCUCCGCGCCAUCUCGGCAAACAAUCCCAACGACUCCUUCUACGUCGUCCCCACGAGCGGCCAUACAAUGUCCUACGCCAACAUCCUCAACUUCGCCGACAAGGAGAAGCGCCGCCUCGAGGCCUCGCUCCACAGCGGCGGCGGCGGCGGCGGUGAUAGCCUCAUCGAGGACGACGAGGACGACUUUGUCGACGCUCGCGAAUCUCCGUCAGUAGCACCGACGUCUCCUGGAGCGAGGCGCCGCGGUGCCAAGCCGCGUCCCGAGCAAAACCUCAAAAAUACCGUCGAGGAGCUCUACCUCGAGAACAGGGGCCUCAAGGACAUGCUCGACAAGCUCAGCCGGCGGCUCCACGCCUUCGAGGCCACGGCGCAGAACUCGAGCCUCGCACUGGCGGAGAGUAUUCGUCUGCGGCGGCCCGGAUCGCCGGCGUCCGCCGGGGGUGCGGGUUCCUCUACCAGCGGUGGCGGCACGUCGGGGAGCGAGGCCGUAUUGAGGGCGCGGAACAAGGAGCUGGAGGAGCAGAUGGCCACGGCGAUGCAGCGCAUGGAGGCGCUGGAAAAGGAAAACAGGUCGAUGGCGCGGACGCUGGAGAAGUAUCGCGAGAAGUGGGAGAAGCUAAAAGCCGGCGCAAAGGCGCGGCGUCAGGCGCAGGGGACGGCGGAGAGCGCAGAGGCGGAUGAGGCCGCGGCGGGUGCGAGCUGA